AUUUGCGUGGUGACCUGAACGCCUCACGCUCGUGCCGGAAGCACGUUUAAUAUCAUCCGUGCGCUCAGCGUUUUGUUUAACUGGAGGUCCACCAGCGGGGACGGAGGAGUCCUGGACCGGGGUCAUGGUUCUGAGGCUGGUCCAGAGGUUCCCACUGCUCAGGCAGUCCUGGAUCCAGCAUUACCCCACUGGGCUUUUCUGCCCGCCCAGGCUCCAGAGCGUCAAAACCGUGGAUCGGCCCUUGUGUGUAGCCUGCCUGUGCACAUCAGCCGCCCGGUGUAUCCGGAUACAGGGAUGCCAGAAGCUAAAGCGAUCCUCUGGGAUAAGGACCCUGACCACCAUCAUUAGGGAACCCUGUUUUGUUGCCAGCAGCUCUGUAGGUCUUCACCGAGAUUCAGUUCCUCGGUUCCGUCUGACCCAGCUGCACCGACCCACCGCUGCAGAGGAGCAGGGUUUUCAGGAUGAACUCUCGACCUGCUCCUCCUCCCGGCAGGUCCUCAAACUUCUUUGCUCAGUGGAGAUGCUAUCUGACACCAUGGCCGCUGCAGCGCUUCACCGCGUGGCCGACCUAGAGCGGGAGGAUAGCGCGCUGAAAGAUCCCACGGUGCUGGAGAAGGACUCCAUCAAGGGCCUGUGCUUCCAGCUGGAGCAAGACUCUGGACGUCUGACGGAUGCCGGGCUGGUGUCGGCUCUCCUGGCCUGCACGCGCCUCUACGUGGAUCCCCAGAGCACGCUGAUGGUGCGGCUGGUGUCCGAGAGCCGGGCCAGGCUGGACACGGGGAAGAUGAGUGUAGAGCAGCUGUGCACGCUGGGACAGGCGACGCUGGCCAUGGAGGGUCCAGGCAGCGCGGCCCUGGAACAGGUGAUGGAGCAAAUUCAGAGGCAAGGGCCGGCCCAGUGGAGCAUAUCACAACUCGUUGCUGUUUAUAGACUUCUUCAAGGUAGCGUGGGUGAAGAAGGGAAGUACAGGGACUUGCUGAAUGACAUGCACGCCCGCGCUGUGACUGCCACCUCCAGCAUGGAUCCUGCCGCCGUUAGCGGGCUGCUUAAUGCUCUCGUAACUCUGAAUCAGAUGCAGGCCAUGCCUCUUGUAAUCAAUCUGUGCAAGCAGGCUGUGCGGCACGUUCCUUACUUCACUGAUGAGGAGCUCAACCACGUACUCGGGGCUCUAAUGCACUUCGGCCACAGCGAUCGGUACUUUGUGGAGGCGAUGGAGAAGUACGUUCCCACAGUGGCCUUCACCUCCCAACCUGAGACAAUUUCCAAAGUCAUGCAGUUCUUUGGGCGCAGGAACAUCCUGUCCACGACCGUGUUCGAUGCCGUCGCUGAGAGCUUCGUGUAUCGAGCAGACGACUACAGCACCAGCCAGGUGGCCAGGCAGAUCGCGACUUUUGGGAAGCUGGGAUACCUCCCGCCCAACGCGGCCCAAGUGUUCAGGAAAGUAGAAAGGGUCCUGCACACACGCUUUUCCCAGUUCCAGCCUCAAACGUUGCUCAACCUGCUCCACGCCUGCACCCUGGUGGAGAGGUUCCCUGUCAACUUCGUCUCCAAAGUUUUCAGCAGUUACUUCCUCCAGCAGCUGCAAGUGGAGGACGAGGCUGGAAUUGACUGGUUCCUUCUGGCACAGCUGACUCAGCUCUACAUGACUAUGAAGUUGGAAUGUCCCUUCUACAAGGGUCCCAUGCUCUUUCCAAAGUACCGCGUCAAGUCUUUUCUCACGACUGGUCGCUCUCUGGAAACGCCAGUGGAUCCACAUCUGUACAACUUGGUGAAAAACGGACUGGUGGAUUUGCUCGGGGAUCGUUCGUAUUUUGGAUCCAAAGUUCUGACACCGUACUGCUACACACUUGAUGUGGAGAUAAAACUGGAUGAAGAGGGAUUUGUGCUGCCUGCCAGCCAUACUGACGAUGUACACAAAAGGUUGGCUGUUUGCAUCGAUGGACAGAAGAGAUUCACUACAGGCCUGAGGCAGCUGCUUGGAAAAGAGUCCAUCAAGCAGCGACAUCUGCGGCUCCUAGGAUAUGAAGUUGUUCAGAUUCCUUUCUACGAGUUUGAGAAACUUCAAAACCAGACCGAUGUGGUGGAGUAUCUGCAUCGAAAAAUCUUCCCUCACACUUACAGGCUGAGCUGGUGAUGAUAAAAUGCUGCAACGCCAUCACGUUGGACUUUUUAAAGAAAUCCCUAAUUAUUUUUGCUAGAAACACCCAUUGCCAAAUAAACACAUUUAAGUUAUUGAUUCUGCACUGCUGCAUAUUUAACUUGGCAAUAAAAGUGACUUUUGUAGAGA